UCCGGGUCAGGGGUCGUCCAUGCUUGCAUGUGAGUUUAACGUGGAUGUGUAAAUCUGCUGUAAAACCAGCAGUUUAAAAACAGAAACACCGAUCGGCCCUGGAAUCUGAACAUUUGAGCCUAACCGAUUGCAGAAGUACCAGCCCCCAAACAUGACGACGUUAGCCCACCAGCUCAAGCGCCUUGCGCUGCCUCAGAAUGAUCCCAGCCUGUUUAGCCGGAAAAAGGCGGCCUCUCUGCUUUUUGACCCAAAAGAGGCUUCCAACAUGGAUAAAGACACCUUCUUUGCUAUCGGUUGCACCGGCCUUGAGGAGCUGAUGGGGAUUGAUUCUUCCUUUGAGCCCUUCCAAGACACUCUGUUCAGUCACACCUCUAAGAGCUUGGAGCGCAGUGUCCAGACAAAGGCUGUGAACGAGCAGCUGGAUGAAAGUAUUUCAUUAUUUCUCACCCAUCUCUCCCCUUAUUUCAUGCUCAAGCCUGCACAGAAGUGCCUGGAAUGGCUGAUACAUAGGUUCCACAUCCAUCUGUACAAUCAGGACAGCUUGAUUGGCUGUGUUCUUCCGUAUCACGAGACUAGAAUUUUUGUUCGUGUAAUUCAGCUCCUGAGUAUAUCUGAUCCAACUCACAAGUGGAACUGGCUGCAUCCUAUUCAGAAACCAGGUGUUCCUCUUCCAAGAAGUACACUUAUCACACAUUGCUACAAAGAUAUGGGUUUCUUGGAAUUUAUUUGCCGCUUGGUGACCAAAUCUGUGAAGGUAUUUUCUGACUAUCCAGGGAGCGCAGCACAACUAAGAGUCCUGCUAUCGUUUUACGUUUCCAGCAUAGUUGCUGCUUUGAAUGCCGUAGAGAAUAUUUCAGAUACUCUUGUUUCCAAGCUCCUCCCAUAUAUACAGAAGGGUUUAAAGUCAUCCCUGGUGGAUUACAAAGCUGCCACUUACAUGAUAAUCUGCCAGCUGACAGUGAAGAGCGUGAUGGCUGACACUUUGGUGAAAUCCUUGGCAUCUCAAAUCAGCCGAACCUUGCUGAUAACUCCAUCUCUUGUACGGGAGGGUGUAGGUUGUCUGAUUAUACAUUUACAGAGCCAGCAAUACAAAGACAUUGGGAGCAACUCAUUCAAUCAUCUGUGCAAGGUGCCAGACUUAGUCCCAAUACUUCAGGGGAUCUCAGGCUUGUAUGAUACCUCCUCACUCCUCACAUACCUCUUACCGAACCUUGUACGUGUCAUCAUUCAAUCAUCUGCAGAAGAUAGAUUGGAAGAUUCAAGCUAUGAAGUGUGUAAAACUAACCUGGAAGGGAUACUCGGCAACAUUCCACUUGAAAAGGAUUUAGACAAACUACUUGCUCGCACGUUUCUGAAGGAAUUUCUCUCCUAUGGAGAGACACAUGAGGCUUAUGAACACAGAAUGUCUGAGCUGGGAAAGAAUCUCCUUCCGCUAAUCAGGCUUUUAGAAAACAAAUACCCAGAAGCGUUAGACAAAGUGCUGGAAGAACAUUUGAAAGAUGUUGCAGAUGAGGAGAAGCAGGAAUUGUUUCAUCAAUUUAUUUCUCUCUCCACUAGUGGAGGAAAAUAUGAGUUAUUGGCAGACUGUGACACCUCCCUCCUGCUCAGCUUAAAUCACCCACAGCCCGCCGUGAGACAUCUAGCCCUGCAACACCUUAAGGAAAUUAUCAACACAUCCAAGGCUGGUUUUGAUGAAGCGUUUAUACAGGAAGCCAUUUUAGGCCGUCUAGUGGAUGACAAUCUUGAAGUGGUCCUUUCUGCUCUGAGUGCAUUCAAGAUAUACAAGUCGCAUUUCAGCACGGACGUUGUGGUCACAAACCUCCUAGCUUUGUUUGAUCGAGUGGACUUCUCGCAGGGUGCUCAAUGGUACAAGGCUCUUGAAGAAGCUGCAGACCUCAUUCAAGGAACCUCAGUAAAAGAGCAUCCUGACCUCUGUAUUAAAGUCUUCAUGACGCUGAUUCCAUACAUGGUUUUUACCAACAAUAACCCUGACUCAGCGGAACAUAAAAUGGCUUUGUUCCUAGCAAAGUGUGGUGUCUGCAACCUGCACCCUCUACUAAAGGGAUGGCCAGAAGCUCUAGAAGAGGUAUUAAAAAAAUCCAAAAAAUCAGUGCUCGGCCCAGCUAACAGCAGAAUGAUAGAGCUGUUGUCCAGUAACAUGGCUACUGCUGAUUCAUCCUUGGUAUUAAAAAUGGUGGAAGAUCUGGUUCACGUGGCUGAAAGGGAGUCGGAUAGUUUGAGGCAGAAGGUGACUUGUCACAUUGUCAGCCAUGCCUUAGUGCAGGGAUGCUGUCAGUCCCAGGACUCCGACCUACAGGCUGCAGUCAGAGUAUUUCAGCUGCUCGAGAAGAGACUGAGAAGAAUGGAAUCUUCAGCAGAGGAAAUCUCAAAGAAUUUUCACCUGGACGCAAUAAGUGGCGAUAAGCAGCAGAUGCAGCUCUUAACAGAUUAUAUUGAGAAGCUGAAUUCUGGACAAACUGCAGAGGUUGAAGAAGCUGUUUUGGCAACAGUUCUUCUCAGAAAUUUUAUAAGUGUGCUCAUUUCUCCGGAAUCCUUCCCUAGAGGUGACAUGUGGUGGAAUCCUGAGAGUAUGGACAACAAAUGCCGAAACUAUCUGCAGCUUCUCAUUAAGCUGUUUGAUGUCAUAGUUUGGGGAGCCAGCGAAGGAGCACAUUCUACCAACUUCAGAUCUCUUAUGGGUUUCUUAUUUAAGGAGCACCUUAAUGCCCCAGUGGAUCUGUUCAACUUCCUCUCUGUCCUGUGGACCUACAGUUGUUCUCUUUCUAACCCUCUUGGCUGUACUGUGAGCGCGAUGCUACAGACCCGGGCACUUUACAUCGGUCACAUUUUACUUGGUUCCCAGACUGCUGCCAAGAAGAAGCAGUGGGUUUCAGCUGAGUCACCAGUGGUAGUAUGCUUGCUGAUAAACUUGACAAGUCCAGUUAGAGAAGUGCGCAGGGCAGCAAUUUCCUGCUUACAAGCCCUCAGCAUAGUGAAGGAUUCCCCAUACUUCUUGCUCAUACAGAAUCUGGUGCUCAGAAUGGAAGAGAUAGUAGCAGACGCUACUUUUGUGGUCCAGGCAUUGGGGAACAUAUUUGAAGAGUUGAAAACACCAGGACCAUACAAGUCUUUACCAAAGUCAUUGUCUGCUUUGGGUCAUCUGCUUACACUCUUACAGGAACCAAGCUGCCCAUCUUACAUUGGCAAAGUCUUGAUGAAAACACUUCAAGAAGUAAACGGAGAGACUGUUCUUUCACAGCUGUUACCAGUUUUGGAUGGAUUGCUGGAGAAGGUUACAUCUGCAGCUGACCACAUGCUGAAAGACGAGGCUUUUCUGCUUCAUCAUCUACUAAGAAAAUACAAUGAAUAUUCGGCUGGCCUCUUAGUAAAGAACUCUGAAAGCCUGGAUAUCUUCAUACGAGCUUUGAACACCACUCAAAUCACUCAUCCGGGUAUGCCCACCAUCCAGAUAACUGCCCUCGGACAAAUAACUAAGGCAUUCUACACCGCACUGGAUGAUGGGAAUGUUAAGCAGAAAGUUCUGGGCGUACUUUUUGACUUGCUUUUAAAUUGCAAAAAUCCUGUAUGUGCACAAGCAGUCAGCAGCGCUUUUAAGUCGAUAUCCAUCAGCUCUGAACAUAUUAGUGCUGAACUCGAGCCCCCAGGAAGAGAGAAAAGUGUUUCAACUGUUCGACAAACAAGGAGACAGAAGAUGAUGAAACAACAAAGGAAAACUCAAGAUCCCGAAAGCACUACAGAAGAAGGAAGUGUUAACUGGCCAAGGACAACCCUGAUUUUAGAACUUUUACAACACAAGAAGAAGCUGAAAGAACCACAAGUCUUAGUGCCGUCACUAUUUUAUCUGCUCUCAAGGUGCCUUGAACCUUUGACUACAGAGCAAAGUAACUUGGAGUACACAAAGCAACUCAUCCUUAGUUGUCUGCUUAACAUCUGUCAGAAGAUUUCACUGGAUGAAGACAAGAAUCCCAAAGAUGUCCUUGAUGAAGAGAAGUUCAAUGUAGAGCUGAUUGUUCAGUGCGUGAGAACGUCAGAGAUGCCACAAACCCAUCACCAUGCCCUGCUUCUCCUGGGAGCGGCUGCUGGAAUCUUCCCAGAAAAAGUACUACACAACAUCAUGCCUAUUUUUACCUUCAUGGGAGCCAAUGUCAUGCGACUGGAUGAUACUUACAGUUUUCAGGUCAUCAGUAAGACUGUACAGACUGUGAUCCCUGCACUUAUUCAGGCUGGUGAUGCGAACACUGGAGAGACCAGAGAUGACAUUGAACAGGUGGUCAGUCACAUCAUCCAUGUGUUUGUGGACGCGUUACCCCAUGUUCCAGAGCACCGUCGUCUGCCCAUUUUGUCACAGCUCCUGGACACUGUAGAGGCCCAACGAUUCCUUUGGGUGCUGUUGGUACUGCUCUUCCAACAACAUGUGACUAAAACCGUCACUGUUGCAGCCAAUGGUGAAAAGGAUGCAGUCUUGGAGACGGACACUGAAUUUUGGGUUUCUGUCUGUUGUGAAUUUAAUGCGUGUGAUCAGCUUCAGAGUCUGAUAAAGUUGCUGCAGUUUCUCACAAAACUUCCAGAAAAUAAAGAUGAAGAUGAUUACGAUCAAAAGUCCAGGACAUCUAAGCCAAAAUCUCAAGAGGCUGCAUUUCAGUUCUUCAGUGUAGAGACUCACUCUGCCAAGCAACUUCGCCACUUUAAGUUCCUGUCUGUCUCUUUUAUGGCACAGCUCCUGGCCUCGCACAGAUUUGUGGGGAAGGUUGUCGAAUAUGAAUCGGCUGAAAAUUUAAAAGACUGUGAACAAAGAUUAUUGGAAGAGGUUCUCUGCUAUGUCCAUUUGGUGGCAGGGUGUGUGGAAAGCAACGCAGACAAACCCACAGUGAAAUUCUGGCGAGCUUUGCUCAAUAAAUCUUACGAGAUGCUGGACAAGGUCAACGCUUUGCUGCCUACAGAAACAUUUAUCCCAGUAAUUCGAGGACUUAUGUCCAAUCAGCUGCCGUCUGUACGACGCAAAGCCAUGGAUCUUUUGAACAACAAACUACAGCAGCGCACGCGGUGGGAGGGGGAGCAGGUGGAGCUGCUUUUAGGUCUGAUUAAAGAUCUCCUUUCUGUUGUGCAUCGAAAAGCCAACGUGGCAGAGGAAGAGCAAGCCAUAAACAGACAGACUGCUCUGUACAGUUUGAAGCUGCUGUGCAAAUGCUUUGGUGCACAGAAACAGCAAGUGUUUGUGCCUGUGUUAAGUGCUGCAGUUGACCUCAUCUCUGCAGAGGGGCCAGAAGAGAAGAACGUUGUUGGCAGUGCUCUGUUGUGCAUCGCUGAAGUCACCAGUAUCAUAAAGGCCUUGGCUAUACCACAACUACCCAGAUUGAUGCCAGCUCUCAUCUCCGCUCUGAAACACAAGAAGGAGCUUCUCACCAGUGAGAUUCAUCUGCUGAGCACAGUGACCGCUCUACAAAAAGUGGUGGAGACUCUUCCGCAUUUCCUUAGUCCCUAUCUGCAUGACUCUUUGCUGCAGGUUGCUCGGCUUGAAAAGAUUGCAGCUAAAGUUGGUCCUACGUCUCAGCUGUCUGUAAGAGUAACAAUGCUAAAAACCACAUUAGCAACUAACAUAGCAGCCAGAGUGCUUUUGCCAGCAGUCACCAAGGGCUACUGUCAGCUUGUGCAUACUCAGCAGAGCUGUUUGGGAUCUCUUAUGGAUAUCCUGAAGGAGCACAUUGCUAUAAUGGAUAAGCAACAACUAUCUACGCACCAGUCUGAACUGACCUCCUUCUUUCUGAAGGCCCUGGACUAUAGAACAGAGCAUUCUGAGGACGACCUGGAACAAGUUGGUGAAAUAGAGGGUCACAUCAUUAAUUGUCUUCUUAUCAUGGUCAUGAAGCUUUCAGAAGUCACAUUUAGACCCCUCUUCUUCAAGCUGUUUGACUGGUCCAAGACAGAGGCUUCCUCAAAAGACAGACUCCUUACAUUCUGCCGUUUGUCUGACUGUAUUGCGGACAAGCUUAAGGGUCUUUUCACUCUCUUUGCUGGUCAUUUAGUGAAGCCUUUUGCAGAGAUAUUAAAUCAGACAAAUACAAUAAAAUCUGAUGAAGCCUUUUUUGACUCUGAAAACAAUACAGAGAAAAGCUGCUUGUUGCUGGAAAAUGUCCUGCACUGUCUGCAUAAAAUCUUCCUUUAUGAUACCCAGCAUUUUGUCAGCAAGGAGAGAGCGGAAUUAUUAAUGAUGCCAUUGGUGGAUCAGCUUGAAAACAUGCUUGGUGGAGAUGAGAAAUUUCAGGCAAGGGUUAGCGGUAGCCUUGUCCCUUGCAUUUCCCAGUUCUCCGUGGCUAUGGCUGAUGACUCCCUGUGGAAACCGCUUAACUACCAGAUACUCCUGAAGAUGCGCCAUUCUUCUCCCAAGGUUCGGUUUGCAGCUCUGCUGGCUUUGGUUGAUCUGGUAGAGAAGCUGAGAGAAAACUACAUGGUUCUGUUACCCGAGUCCAUUCCUUUCUUGGCUGAACUCAUGGAAGAUGAAUGCGAAGAGGUAGAGCAGCAAUGUCAGAAGACAAUUAAACAGCUGGAAAUAAUUCUGGGAGAAUCUCUUCAGAGCUACUUCUAAUCGAUGAGCGGGAAUCCAGUCAUCACACAACCCUUGAGUGCAUUGAAGCAGUGCCCUGACUUGAUGGACUUGAAGCUAUUGCUAUCACAACAAGUGGCAUCAGCACAAGAGAUGAUUGCUUUAUCUGUUUGCACCUUCCCGUUAAUUGUGAACAGAUCAUAUUUUAUAUCUGAACAGUUUUAUAUGUAUAUUGCUAUUUGUUAGCUGAAAAAUCAUGCUGUGUAAAUAACCGUUCUAAGAAAUUCAGUAUUAAAACAAAAAGUACUGAUACUAUUUCCACUUUGAACUUUAUUGCAGAAGAGAUUAGCACUGACACUGGGCUGUUAACAUGCAUAUGCAAAUGGUGAUACACAAAUGCACACACAUGCAUCAUACACGGGUAUAUUUCUCUCAUUAAAUCAUAAAAUGUUGAGAAUCCACGAGACAUCACAUGUGGGAUUAAAGUCCAGUCCUACAGAAUGAGGCGGAACACCCCUCACAACAGAGCUUUAAUCCCUCCCACUUUACUAUGAUUCCUUAGUCAAAGAUAUGGCCAAGAGAAAGUAGGAAAGGAAAAGCAGGGUAAAAGGAGUUCAAACUGGUACUGCUAUCUGCAUUCUUGCAAUAAACUAACAUACUUGGGUGAAUUUGGAAA